AUGAAUAAUGAAGAAAAUGAAGUCCAUUUGUACUUUGGCGGAUUAUCCACAGUAGAACAGGGGGAGGUUCAGCUGUUACAAGCCUUUCGUCAUGCAGUGAGACGAGUCCUUAUCUUGAUGAAACUAAGUCGUCCUGUGACUUCAGAUAUAGAUGCCCGUCCCCCGUACGCCACCCCAGCCGGAAGUCCAAAAAGGUCUAAUACUAAAAGACUUCCGUCAGAACAAGAAAUACGCGAGGCAGAACUGUCACAUGAAUAUAACUACCCAGACUUAUCACUGCUGAGAAAGGAGGUCAAUCAGCCACCACCUCCGGAUAUCACCACACUUCCAAGAAGCCAUGCAAAAAGAAAACAGAAUGGGGAACGAUGUGGUGGUAGUCAGCUCGGAAGGUCGUUGAGCGAUCUCUGUACCAAUAGCAGGAAGCAAGCAAAACCACGCAAAAAUGUGUCGUUGAAAGCCAAGUUAUUUGAGAACCCCGAUGAAGAUAGCGAUUCGGAAGAAUAUUUGUACCCUACGCCAUCACCAAAACAACCGCAGAAGCAUUUCUUUCCACCAAAUUCAAAACCUCCAUUAGCAAAUAAGCCAUCCUUUCUGAAAAAAUCACCAGCUCAAGCCACUGCCAUGAACAACAUUAAUCAUGUAGACAAAGCCCGCAACUUUCUUUCCACGAACUUGCAGCGAAAACUGGAGAUUGCAAAUAAGCCAUCUCCACGGCCCUGGAAACCACAAGAACACCAGCCCACAAACAUGAACAAUCCCCCGGACUAUGUAGACAUGGGCAAUUUCAGAGAUAUUUCUUUGAACUCAGAAAUAGGAAAACCUGUUGGAACUGUGAAGUUAAGACCGGUGGGGAAAGUGGCGCCAAGUUUCGAAGAAAUCAAAACAGAAGUCCAACAAAUUUCAUCUAAAACAACGUUCAGUGAUCUUGGUGUAACAGAAUUAGUUGCUUGUCUUCGAAAAUGUGGACUCUGGGAAAUGGCAGACGUUUGUCAGGCAGAGAAACUGGACGGUGCAUUCAUUAAUGAAUUGUCUGUGAAAGAGUUACAGGAAUUCAAACUGACACCAUUACAAAUGGUUAAACUAAAUAAGGUGAAAUCUGGUUGGAGACCAGUCACAACUCAACUUUUGUAGAGGAGCUUUGUCUUGAUGUGGAUUGUCCUCUAACGUGAAGAGCUGGUUUCCAGACAUUCUUCUAUCCCGGUGAAAAUUUAUUGAUAUAAGUGAUUUAUAG